AUGGACAACCAUCCGCCUCAGCCCCCCGUGGCAAGCUCUGCUUCGCAGGAAUGGCCACCGGACUUAACUGAACAUGAUCCACAGCAUGGACAGUCAGAGGAUAUCCCGCAUUCAUCACAUAACCAAUCCGCAGUAGAUCUAGAUGAUACAGACUUUAAUCUGGAUUCUUUCCUUGCAGCAGAUCUAGAUGCGAUGUAUGCAGCUCAAGCUGCCGCUACUGCUGGUGGUCAGACUCAAGAACACUUACAAUCUCACUCAGUUCCUCUGCAUCAUCAUGUCAGUCACUCUAAUCAUACGGUCAAUUUAGAACAGCAAAGACCUCACUCACAUUCAAUAGUCUCUUCUUCGUACUAUGUACCCCAGGUACCUAGUCAGCCAUUAUCACUAGCAGAAUUACACACUUCAGUGACUCCUCCUUUACGUCCUUCAUGCAGGUACCAGGUACAUUAUGAUAGACCUCAUAUUGAACAGCACCAACAUUACCGGUUUAUAUCUGAACCACCACUCCAACAGUAUCCACAGCAUCCAUUAAAUGUUCAUCAUCAUCCUGCUAACAAUUAUUGUCGACUGCAUUCAAAUAAUCAGCCACAGCCCUUACACAUAUUCCACCAACAUCCUGCAGUACUCCAGCAACAAUUACUGCAGCAACCAGUACUCCAGCAACAGUUACUGCAGCAACCAGUACCCCAACAACAGUUACCACAGCAACCAGUACCCCAGCAACAGUUACCACAGCAACCAAUACCCCAGCGACAGCCUUCAUCUUUCGAUCAAAUAUUGCUCUAUCAUCAGGCUCCACCCAUUUAUUCGCAUUCAUUACCCCAGCGACAGUUACCACAGCAACCAGUACCCCAGCGACAGCCUUCAUCUUUCGAUCAAGUAUUGCUCUAUCAUCAGGCUCCACCCGUUUAUUCGCAUUUAUUACCCCAGCAACAAUUGCCACAGCAACCAGUAGUUCGUCAUCUAUUGCCCCAGUAUCAUCAAUCUUUAGUACCACAGACUGAGUUUAGUCAACCAGUCAUUGCAAAACCAAUUCAUAUUGUAUUUCCUCCAAUAAUCCAUCAGUUGCAGAAGAAGGAUAACACAGGGAAUAAGCAGGUUUUGAUACCAGUUUCUCUACCACAUGCUAAUAACGAUAAUAGCAGCAAAGGCUCACCUGAUGUCCCUACUACUCCUGUUUCCUCUCUCCCUCCUUCCCCUCUCUCCUCUCUCCCUUCCACUCCUUACGUACCAGAGCCUAUCCUAUCACAGCCUCCUCCUCCUCCUACUGCUCCAACUCCUGUUCCAGGCCCUAAUCCUGAUUCUUCAGACUCACCGAUUCGAGCUUCAUGUCGUAAUGUGGACACAGAAGGGAUAAGAAUACUGAAUUUAUUUGCUGAUAAGUUUAAGGAGAGUCGUAUUAGAUAUGAAUACUCAAAACAGUAUGUCGCUCAACAAAUAAGUAUUCAGUAUAAUUUUGAAAUGACAGAGCAGCGACUGCAGCUGUUUGAGAACAAGGUUCUCUCGUUUGAAGAGAUGUUAGCUAUGAAGAUUCACUUGGAGAAAUGGUUACUGGACGCUCUUAGGAAUCAAGGAAUAAACGAGACCGAGAUUAAACAACUCAGUCGGUGGCUGACCAGUUUCAAUCAAAAAAGGAAGGGUAGGACAGCUAUAUCAGUGCAGACCAAGAAGCAGCUUUUGAAAGAGUUUGAAAACGACCCCAAGCCGUCUCCAAAAGAUUUAAAAGCCAUAUCAGAGAAGCUUGGGAUUGGAUUUGAAGUUGUUCGGGUUUGGUUCUGUAAUAAGAGAGCAAAGAGGAAAGCUGGUAAAGAUAAUGAUGGACCUGAAGAUGAUGAAGAGAUAGAGGAAGAAUCUGAUUCUGAUGAGGAAAGUAAUAGUGAUGCACAAUCAUCUCAAUAA